GAUUUUGAAAAUUUAAUAUUAAAUAAAAAUCAAGAAAUAUAAACUUAAAUUAAAUAAUUUAAAAUAAUAAAAAAUUUAAGAUUUAUGAAAGAAAAGUGGUUUUCACAUAAGGACACAUUAGUACAUAAAAUUAAAAAUUUAUCCUAAAAAAAUCUUAAAAUUUCUACUUAUGAAAGUCUUUAAUAUUAUUUUUACCCUAUUUUUCACUAAAUCUAAGUCAUAGAUUCACUUUCCGGUCGUAACAUUUUAAAAGAUAAUCCCAAUCUUCUUAAAGUAGACCAUUUUGUUAAUCAAAGUUUCCUUUUUUCUCUCCAAACAACCCUUUAACCUCUACAAGAAAUCUAAAUAAUAAUCCCAUUGAUUAAAAUGAUGAAAUCUUUUGAAAACUAUAACCAUGAUCCUCAAAGAGGACACGAUAUUAUAGCAGUUCCCGUAUUUUUUUAAACUGAAGACGGCUUUAAAGACUUUGAAACUGCCCCAAAUGUAAUUUGUUAAUUACCUGAACCCGAUUUUUCUAUGCCAUUUAACAUUAUUACAUUUACAUGUGUUUUAAUGGGAUAUUUAUUUUUAUAAGUAUACUCUUUUUCAACAGAAAAGCUAAGUUUUGAGCAAAAAAACGACAAUGUGUUUAAAAAAAUAAUAAAUAUAUUCCGAAACAAUUGA